GCGUCGACGAUUCUUUUUGUACGCCGCCCAAACCCGCCCAGCCUGUGACUCUGCGACACAGAGCCUGGCCGCGCGCACACGACACACUCAAUGCAGGGACAGCAAAUCCCCUUCCUGCCCUCCUCCCCGCUCGAGCACGGCACCGGUGUCAGCUACGGUUAUCUCCAGGCAUCGAAGCACAAUCGCCAGCCACUAUGCGGUAACGGCGAAGGCUGGGGCCCAAUCAGCCCGAUCCGGUUCGACUUCACGCCAUGUUUCCUCGAUGUGUGGAUUAUGGUGGUUGCCGUGUGGGGAAUUGUAGGAGGAGCAGGCGCGUUGUGGUAUCUGUAUAGGAAAUGCACGCCGCAGCCUGUCAAGCAGAACUGGCACUUUUACGCCAAAUUGAUUACCCUUGGAGCCCUCAUCACCACAACUGCCGUUCAAGCCGCCCUCCAGAUUGAGUACUUCACAGGCAUCUGGGCUGGGGAUUUCCGCUUUUGGACCACCGCCGUCACCAUUGCCUCGCUCUUCGUCAUCUUUUACAUCCAGUACAUCGAGCACUGGCGCUCGCGCAAUGCCAACGGUGUCGUUCUCUUCUACUGGCUGCUCUUCCUCAUCGCAAACGGUGUAAAGCUUCGCUCGCUCGUCUCUCAGCAGCUUUACAAGGAGCAUGUGGCGUACUUCGCAGUUUUCACUGCCAGCGUAGGAUUGGCUGCGAUUGAGUUUGCGCUGGAGUGGCUGGUGCAGAAGCGGCUGAGCGACUAUGACGCGCUGGGUGACGACGAUGAAUGCCCUUACGAAUACGCCGAUGUCUUCUCGGUCCUCACAUUCGGUUGGAUGACGCCCAUGAUGAAGCGCGGUUACAAGCACUUCCUCACCCAGGAUGAUCUAUGGAACCUGCGAAAACGCGACUCCACCAAGCAUACCGCUGAGGUAUUUGAGGAGAACUGGGGGUAUGAGGUGGAGCACAAGAAGAGUCCUUCGCUAUGGAUGGCGCUGUUCCGCUCUUUUGGGGGCCCAUACUUCCGCGGUGCAUGCAUCAAGACUGUCAGCGACUGCUUGAAUUUCGCCCAGCCACAGCUGUUGAGACUUCUGAUCACCUUCGUUAAAUCGUACGAGACAGAUCACCCGCAGCCUGUUGCACGAGGCGCAGCCAUCGCCCUCAGCAUGUUCGCCGUAUCUGUCUCGCAGACCGCCGCUCUCCACCAGUACUUCCAGCGAUCGUUCGAGACUGGUAUGCGCAUCAAGUCUUGCCUGACCGCUGCCAUUUACUCCAAAUCCACGCGUCUCUCCAACGAGGGUCGAGCCACCAAGUCGACCGGUGACAUCGUCAACUACAUGGCUGUCGACACGCAGCGUCUGCAAGAUCUUGCCCAGUACGGACAGCAGCUGUGGUCCGCCCCUUUCCAGAUUGUCCUCUGCAUGCUUUCAUUGUACCAGCUUCUCGGCCCAGCGUGCUUUGCGGGAGUAGCAGUCAUGAUCAUCAUGAUUCCCAUCAACGGUGUCAUCGCACGUCUGAUGAAGACAUUGCAGAAGGAACAGAUGAAGAACAAGGACGCGCGUACCAAGCUGAUCUCUGAGAUUCUCAAUAACAUGAAGUCAAUCAAGCUCUACGCCUGGACAACCGCUUUCGCCAGUCGCCUGAAUCACAUCCGAAACGACCAGGAACUUAGGACUUUGCGCAAAAUCGGUGCUACUCAGGCUUUCUCCACCUUCACGUGGUCGACUACCCCAUUCCUAGUUUCUUGCUCGACCUUCGGCGUGUUUGUCUGGACCCAGGACCGUCCCCUGACCACCGACAUUGUUUUUCCCGCCCUGACGCUCUUCAAUCUCCUCACCUUCCCGCUCGCCAUCCUGCCCAUGGUCAUCACUGCGAUCGUCGAAGCCAGUGUCGCCGUCAGCCGUCUCACCAGCUAUCUGACUGCUGAUGAGCUUCAAGCCGAUGCCGUUCGUCGCGAGCCCGCUGUUGAAGAGACCGGUGAAGAAUCAGUUCGCAUCAGGGAUGCAAGCUUCACCUGGGACAAGAACGCCGAACGUCGCACUCUUGAACAGAUCAACUUUACCGCACACAAGGGCGAUCUUGCGUGCAUCGUUGGUCGCGUCGGAUCUGGAAAGUCGUCGCUUCUACAAGCAGUGCUCGGUGACCUAUGGAAGAUCAAUGGUGAGGUGGUCCUUCACGGAAAGUCAGCCUAUGUACCCCAGCAAGCUUGGGUAAUGAACGCCUCUGUACGUGAGAACAUCGUCUUCGGUCAUCGCUGGGACCCUCAAUUCUAUGAAAAGACUGUUGCUGCCUGCGCUCUGCGUGACGACUUCGCUCAGCUCCCUGAUGGCGAUCAGACGGAAGUUGGUGAGCGCGGUAUCUCUCUGUCAGGUGGGCAGAAGGCCCGUCUCACCCUUGCGCGUGCUGUGUAUGCUCGCGCUGAUGUCUAUUUGCUCGACGACUGUCUGUCCGCUGUUGACCAGCAUGUUGGGCGACACUUGAUCAACAAUGUCCUCGGGCCCAACGGUCUACUGGCUGGUAAGACAAGGAUUCUGGCUACCAACUCCAUUCCUGUCUUAGUGGAAGCCGACAUGAUCCUGCUCCUGCGUGAGGGUAAGAUCCUUGAAAGGGGCAGCUACACUCAGCUCAUGGCAAUGAAGGGCGAGAUUGCGAGCUUGAUCAAAACGUCGCAGAACGAAGACCAGAACGAGGACAGCGCUCCAUCUGAUAGUGUCGUGAGUGACGAAGACUCCACGGUCUACGGCGCUAGUCCGGCUUCGGAUGAUGACCAGGAACGGGAAGAAGCUGAGGCUGCUCAGGAAGGCGCAUCCCAUCUCGCUCCUCUCCGAACCGGCAACGGUACCGCCCGCAAACACAGCUUUGCAACCCUUCGUCGAGCCAGCACUGCCAGUUUCAAGGGUCUACGUGGCAAGACGACUGACGAAGAGAAUGGUCUCAAGAGCAAACAAACGAAAGAAUUCUCGGAACAGGGCAAGGUCAAGUGGUCGGUGUAUGGCGAGUAUGCAAAGACCAGCAACCUAGUUGCAGUCGCCAUCUACCUAGCACUCCUUGCCGGCGCUCAGGUGGCAUCCAUCGGUGCAAGUGUCUGGCUCAAGCAGUGGUCAGAGAUGAAUCAGCAAUACGGCGGCAACCCACAUGUGGGCAAGUACAUCGGCAUAUACUUUGCAUUUGGUGUGGGAUCUGCAGCUCUCGUGGUCGUGCAGACACUCAUCCUCUGGAUUUUCUGCUCAAUCGAGGCCAGUCGCAAAUUGCAUGAGCGGAUGGCGUUUGCCAUUUUCCGCUCUCCAAUGAGCUUCUUCGAGACAACACCGGCAGGACGCAUCCUCAACCGGUUCUCCAGUGAUAUCUACAAGGUUGAUGAAGUGCUAGCGCGAACAUUCAACAUGCUGUUUGUCAAUUCAGCCAGAGCUAUAUUCACCCUGGUCGUGAUCUCCGCAGGAACCCCUAUGUUCGUCACCCUCAUCUUGCCGCUUGGUGCGCUGUAUUUGUACAUUCAGCGUUACUACCUGCGCACCUCGCGAGAGCUCAAGCGCCUUGACAGCGUUAGCCGUAGUCCCAUCUAUGCGCACUUCCAGGAGUCGCUCAGUGGUAUGAGCACUAUCCGUGCGUACAGCCAGCAGAAUCGCUUCGAGCUAGAGAAUGAGUGGCGAGUGGAUGCAAACCUGAGGGCAUACUACCCAUCCAUCAGUGCCAAUAGAUGGCUAGCUGUGCGCCUGGAAUUUCUAGGAUCCGUGAUCAUUUUGGCCGCCGCGGGGUUCGCCAUUAUCUCUGUUGCGAGCCACAGCGGUCUCAAGGCCGGUAUGGUCGGUCUGUCAAUGUCCUACGCCCUUCAGAUUACCCAGUCCCUCAACUGGAUCGUCAGACAGACCGUUGAAGUGGAGACUAACAUUGUCUCUGUGGAACGUGUGCUUGAGUACGCCGCCUUGCCGAGCGAGGCGCCAGAGGUCAUCUCCAAGAACCGGCCACCAAUCAGCUGGCCCUCGCAGGGCGCUGUCUCCUUCAACAACUACAGCACCCGAUAUCGGCCAGGCCUCGAUUUGGUACUCAAAAACAUCAACAUGCAGAUCAAGCCAAAUGAAAAGAUCGGUGUCGUCGGUCGCACAGGUGCUGGCAAGAGUUCACUCACGCUUGCGCUGUUCCGCAUCAUCGAGCCGUCAGAGGGUCAUGUGAGUAUCGACAACCUGAACACCAGUACAAUUGGGCUUCUCGACUUGCGCAGACGACUGGCUAUCAUUCCCCAAGACGCAGCGCUCUUCGAGGGCACUGUACGUGACAACCUUGAUCCGGGUCAUGUUCACGAUGACACAGAGCUGUGGAGUGCACUAGAGCAUGCUCGUCUUAAGGAGCAUAUCGCCAGUAUGCAGGGCAAGCUGGAUGCGCGAAUUUACGAGGGAGGGUCCAACCUCAGCGCUGGCCAGCGUCAGCUUGUCUCCUUAGCGCGUGCCCUCCUCGCACCCAGCAACAUUCUCGUCCUGGACGAAGCUACUGCCGCCGUCGAUGUAGAAACCGAUGCCAUGCUGCAAACCACUCUCAGGUCCAGCAUGUUCAAGAACAAGACUAUCAUCACCAUUGCGCACCGCAUCAACACCAUUCUCGACAGCGAUCGCAUUAUUGUGCUGGACAGGGGCACAGUGGCCGAGUUCGACACCCCGGCGGAACUCGUACGGAGGAAGGGGUUGUUCUACGAGUUGGUCAAGGAAGCGAAUCUACUCAACAGCAUUGAGGGGAAUUAGGUGUAGAACUGUAAAAAGUAGCAACAUGGUGAUCUGGUGUAGAUGAAAAGUAGUAAAUUGUAAUCCUCACAUACC